AGGGAGUGUCAUUGGCAGAAUCCCAGUCGCGCCGUGCCCGACGCCAAGCAUCGCGGCCGUUUUGUGCGAGUGUGAGCUGCCCGACAUCGAGGCUAGCCUCAGUUAGCAGUUUGCCUGUGAUCUGUGCGAAAUCCAAAUGUUUGAAUCGUAAACGUAGCAAUUGUGAGAUCCGCUAAGCUCAGCCAUACUGCUGCGACGUUUAGUCCCCGAAACGCAACCCUCGCAGCAGCCGAUGUCCUGAGCACGCGCAUGACCCUGCUUGCGCUGGAUCACGUGCAAGUUAACAUCAUAAUAUAAUAACGAGCAUCAUCUUCCAAGGAGUAGCAUGCACUUGACGACCUGCGCACGGGCCUUCCGUCCAUUCUUCUAUAAUUCUACAUAUAACAUACAUGCCUAAAUGUUAUAUGAAGCUAUUCUCGGGUCAAGGGAAUGCAACUUGCGCUGGCGGGCGCAAGGGUACGACGCCCGAUGCACAUGCUUUAGCCGGUGUUCUCUUCCGUUGGGCGUACACAUAGCCCAGGUUCCGAAGGCCCAAGUAGGGACUAGGUUGGAAUAGUGAUAGAGCGGCGACCUGGCUUGAUCCUCAGUCCGUGCAGCAAAUAAAGAGUACAUUGCUGGCGGUAUCGCGUCGUCUCUUCACCCAACCCAACACGGGUCUAUCCACUGGUGCAUUAUAAACUAUCCUCUGGCUGAAAGCCACAGAGGAGCGCGCGGGGCGGCCAGCGGUUUCUUGCUGAGAGCUCUGCGCGCAGCGGGCACGCCCGGGACUAGAGUGUCCACUAGUUUGACGACGGCAAAAAAUGAUGGCUGCGUCUGGGCGCAGCCUGGCUCUGGCCGGCCUCGCGCUGGCAACGCUUCUGGCUGCUGGCCUGCCUUACGCCGCGGCGCGUCAGCCCACGGACUUCCCCUGGUGCUCCUGCUCCACGUACGACUGCGACUGCUCGCCCUACAAAAUAAGCCUUACUAGUCAGCGCAAGGUCAACGAGACCAUCACGCGCUUCUGCUUCAACGUGGACAGCGACCCAUGCGACACCAGCCGCGCCUGCUGCCGCCGCAUGAUGGCCAACGUGGACAAGCUUUCUUUCAAGAUCGCCCCCGAGUGCCAGCGUGUGAACAUCCAGCGCAUCACCUUCAACGGUGACCGGUGGAACAGCUGGGAUACCUACUCGCACGACCUUGGGAACGGCGACAAGGGCUACGAGCUGAAGUUCUACGACAUUCAGUCCAACAGCUCGGCGUUCCCGGGCACGCGCAUUUGCGUCAACACCAUUUCGCCGUGCAGCUCUGUGUUCCAGAUCUGCGAUGGCCCCAACGGCCUGUGCGAGUACUCGUUCGCUGACACGCCAGCGACCACGCAGAAGUCACUUCUGGAUGACAUCGACGCAUACUCAUUCGACAACAAUAUCCAGUACGCCGACAACGGCGAUCUCUUCUUUGAAUCCUCGACCUGCUCGUCGACAGAGAUUGCAAUUUGCGGUACCUUCGCGACGGCCGCCGAUAGCUGGCUGCUUCAGACCUGGCUGUUUGACAACUCGAAGACUUACAUUCGCUCGCUGCUGUGCGGCCGCUCGGUGACGGACCAGGACGAGUGCACCGACAAGUGCACAACCGCCUACCAGGCCUAUACUGUUGAAAUGGUCGUGGAGACUGGCGAGGGCGGCAGCGAGAGCUGCCUGAGCUACAGCGAUGAGAACAACUGCGAGAAGCCCCGGGUCAGAUCGUCCCCGCCGCCCCGCGUGCGCCCGCCGUCGCCGCGGCCGCCGUCUCCCAAGCCGUCGCCGUCGCCAUCGCCGAGCCCCAGCCCGAGCCCCAGCCCGAGCCCCAGCCCGAGCCCCAGCCCGAGCCCCAGCCCCAGCCCCAGCCCCAGCCCCAGCCCCAGCCCCAGCCCCAGCCCCAGCCCCAGCCCCAGCCCCAGCCCCAGCCCCAGCCCCAGCCCCAGCCCCAGCCCCAGCCCCAGCCCCAGCCCCAGCCCCAGCCCCAGCCCCAGCCCCAGCCCCAGCCCCAGCCCCAGCCCCAGCCCCAGCCCCAGCCCCAGCCCCAGCCCCAGCCCCAGCCCCAGCCCCUCGCCUUCACCCUCUCCCUCUUCAUCUCCUACACCUACGCCGACUACCUCACCGUCGCCGCCGCCGCCCAGCCCGCCCCCUCCGCACCCGGCCCCGCCGAGCCCCCCGCCUCCGGCACCCCCGCCUCCCUCGCCGCCGCCUCCCAACCCGCCCCCGCCCAGCCCCCCUCCUCCUGGCCCGCCUCCUCCUAAGCAGCCGCCUCCCCCUCCUCCCUCGCCUGCUCCCCCUAGCCCGCCGCCGCCCGGCCCGCCUCCUCCGUCUCCCCCUCCCCCUCAGCCCCCUCCGCCCAGCCCGCCUCCUCCCAGCCCCACGCCGCCAUCCCCGAAGGCGGCCGCGUCGCCUCCGUCGCCCCUGCCCCCCUCCCCUCCUCCUCCUUCUCCCCCUCCCCCUCAGCCUCCUCCGCCCAGCCCUCCUCCUCCCAACAGCCCCCCGCCCAACCCGCCGCCGCCCCCCAGCCCGCUGCCACCCUCGCCUCCCAAUCCGCCCGGCGUUACCACCUCGCCCGCUCCUCCUCAUCCCCCGCCUGUUCCUCCUUCGCCGCCGCCGCCCUCUCCUCCUCCUCCCUCUCCUCCUCCCCCGCACCCGCCGCCGCCGAGCCCCCCGCCGCCCUCGCCCAACCCGGCGUCUCCGCCGCCGCCACCUAGUCCGCUCCCGCCCUCGCCUCCCCCGCCGUCGCCGCCUCCCCCCUCGCCCCCUCCUCCUUCACCUCCUCCUCCCAACCCGCCUCCUCCCAGUCCUCCCCCUCCCCUCAGCCCGCCGCCGCCGCCGAGCCCGCUGCCGCCGUCGCCGCCUCCUCCCCUGCCGCCGCCGCCGUCGCCGCCUCCCCCGCCGCCUCCCUCGCCCCGUCCCCCCAGCCCGCCGCCUCCCCCCCAGGAUGUGCCCGGCGGCCCGCGUUGCGUGUCUAAGAAUGACAACACGCCUUUCGGCUGGUCGGCGCUGACAAUCGCCAACACGACUGACAUUUACGGCAGCGCCGCGAUUCAGAUUUGCCUGACGGUCGAGGAGAAAGGCUGCAAGAACGACAAGGCCGCGUGCUGCGACAUGGACUUCAACAAGAUUUCUAUUCCCAUUGUCGAUUCGUGCCAGCCGAAGAUCCGCGAGAUGCGCGUCAACGGCGUCAAGCAUGAGUACAGUUGGUUGCAACGCGAUGGCAAUCAGAACAUCGCGCUCCGCAACAUGCGGGCCUACCUGCCCAACCCCAUCGGCGCGCAGAUCUGCAUCGUCGUGCUUCCUGGCCAGUGCGCGGCGCCGGCGGGCCUGUGCAAAGACGGCACGUGCAAGGUCACUAUCUGGAACAGCAACAACAAGUGCUGCCCCUCCACGAAGCUGGGCCUGGCGAGCAGGGGCGGCAAGAAGAAGGCUUACUUCUUCUAAACACUCAAAGUGACUUCACUCUUGUUGAUUCUCUUGGAACUGCGGUGCCCGUCUUCUUUCUUCAAGAAGUUGUCUCAAUGAGCAGCAGCAGCUGUGAGAAGCUGCAAGCGCUGUACGGCGACCCGGUACGGCAGUAACUUGACACAAUGCAUGGCCGCGACUAUAAAAAUUCCCAAGGACCUGGUUGGGGAGCGUGUGCGCGUGCACGUGCGUGCAUGUGUGUUUCCGAAGGCGCACUGCAGCGGCUGAAUAAUCUUGAAGCCGCUUGCGCCUAGGCUUGCGCUGCCGGCAAGCUGCAAGCGCCACCAGCAGGGCACAAGCGCUUGCCUUCCAUCCGGCAGUGUGGCCCGGGAACACGCGCGCAUCUGGGGACUCGUUGUGGAGCGGUGGCCCAGCCGUUGUUGGACGCAGCGGGCGAGCGUCAGCCACGUGCCCGUUGCGUGCGCUAAUCGUGCGCAUUUUGGCCAUGUUUCUUAAUACUGGCUGGUCGAAAUAGUGUAUUUCUCAAUGGUGUGUUUAUUCCUGGGGUUCUCGCUUGGUGCCACGCCGCAAGGCGAAAGCUUAUUAGGUAGGUGGGUAGGUGAUUACAAUCUUAGCGACAAGAAUCAGGGACGAAACUGAUGCAUAUGGCGUGUGAAGGGCUACUGUGCUAGCGGGCAGGAAGUGCGAUGCUGGCGCUGAAUCUGUCUGCGCCGCAGCUUGGGGAAGUAGACUGAUGGGCGGUGCCGCAGACACUGACGUGAUAAGAGGCUUCAUACUCGAAGGCUGGUGCCCUGAGAGGCACGUACUCUUGCUCUUGCUAGACUGGUGUAUGGGCUGGAUGAAGCCCACAUUAGCAAAAACGAUUCGGCGGGCAGUGCAGGCAGGCAGAGGUGCUACUCGCGUCCGUGUAGCAGCAUAGAGCAGGCACCUGGGGUUUCAUUCGUCACGCUUCCGCGCCGCACCGCACGGGGCCAAGAAAUACAUAGGAU